AUGGCUACAGUGCGCAUCUGUGUUUGCGGUGACGAGGGCACUGGCAAAUCUAGUUUAAUCACAUCUCUCGUCAAAGGCGUAUUCGUCACGAAUAAGAUCCAACCGGUCCUGCCACAGAUUACCAUUCCUCCUACAAUCGGCACUCCUGAAAAUGUCACCACCACAACAGUCGUCGACACGUCGGCGCUUCCACAAGAACGAGCCAACUUGGCCCGCGAAAUUCGAAAAUCGAACGUUAUUCUGCUCGUGUACUCCGACCAUUAUAGCUACGAACGAGUUGCCCUGUUUUGGCUUCCUCAUUUCCGAUCUCUCGGUGUAAACGUCCCGGUGGUGUUAUGCGCCAACAAGGCCGAUCUUGCGACGGAUAUGACCGAUGCACAAGUGAUUGACGAGGAGAUGCUACCGGUUAUGGCCGAGUUUAAGGAAAUUGAUUCAUGCAUUCGCUCUAGCGCCCGUCAACACCGAAAUGUUAACGAAGCCUUCUUCCUUUGCCAAAAAGCUGUGACACAUCCGAUUGCGCCGCUAUUUGAUUCCAAGGAGUCAGUACUUAAGCCUGCUGCAGUCGCUGCGCUACAACGCAUUUUCUAUCUUUGCGACAAGGACCGCGACGGGUUUCUCUCCGACAAAGAGAUUGAGGACUUCCAGUUGAAGUGCUUCGGGAAACCGCUGAGUGAGGAAGACCUCGUCCAUAUCAAGGAAACAAUAUCAAAAGCCUAUCCGGACGCUGUCACCCCGGCUGGAAUCACUUCCCGGGGCUUUCUCCACUUGAACAAGCUUUAUGCCGAAAAGGGUCGCCAUGAGACUGUGUGGAUCAUUCUACGAACUUUUCAAUAUACCGAUAACCUUUCAUUGCAAGAAACAUAUCUUCACCCCAAGUUUGAGGUUCCGCCCUUCUCGUCCGCCGAGCUGUCUCCAGAAGGCUAUCGCUUUCUGGUCGAUCUGUUCCUGCUUUCUGACAAGGACAAUGAUGGUGGACUCAACGACUCGGAGUUGGCGUCUCUGUUCGCACCUACACCAGGACUGCCAAGUUCUUGGGCAGAUGACUCCUUUCCAUCAUCUACAGUACGGAACGAGGCAGGUCAUGUCACUCUACAAGGCUGGCUGGCUCAGUGGAGUAUGACAACUUUCACAUCUCCAAAGACCACACUCGAAUACCUCGCUUAUCUCGGGUUUGAGUCAUCGGAUCGUAGCAAUCCGUCGACAACAGCUGCUCUCAAAGUUACGAAGCCACGAAAGAGACGACGACGCCCGGGCAGGGUCGGUCGUAAUGUGGUUCUUUGUCAUGUCCUCGGUGCUGCCGGUGCAGGCAAGUCUUCACUUCUGGAUGCUUUUCUCUCCCGAGGUUUCAGCAAUACGUACCACCCUACAAUUCAGCCACGCACUGCGGUUAAUACCGUUGAGCUUCCCGGUGGGAAACAAUGCUAUCUCAUCUUGGAUGAGCUCGGCGAACUAGAACCGGCAUUGUUGGAAAACCAGAGCAAAUUGUUGGAUCAAUGCGACGUGAUUGCAUACACUUACGACUCUUCAGACCCAGACUCUUUUGCUUACAUCACCAAACUUCGAGCAAAAUAUCCUCACCUUGAAGAACUACCAAGUAUAUUCCUCGCAUUGAAGGCGGACCUGGAUCGUACCACCCAACGAGCCGAAUGCCAGCCUCAUGAAUACACGGCACGACUGGGCUUGCCGGCGCCACCACUUCAUGUCAGCGCUACUUGGAGUUCGAUCCAGGAGGUUUUUGUGCAUAUCGCCGAGGCGGCAAUGGAUCCUAGCACCACGUUCCCACGCACUGAGGAGGAUUUGGAAAGCAAGUGGGUGUCUUGGGGUAUCGCUCUUGGUGCUGUUGUAUGUGCUGGAGCUGCUGCUGUUGCGAUAUGGCAUCGAGUGCACAGAACAUAUGAGCUCGUUGACGAUUUACACCUAGCGACACCUCCGCCACACCCUUCUGAAGCCCCGAUUGUGAAUCCCAACCCUCUCGCAACCGUUCCAAACCCUCCCACCUCCGGCGUGAAGAUGUCUCUCGUUAUCACAAGCAAUAACAAAGGUCCUCCAAACCUCUACAGUUCAAGAGCAUCCGCGUUUGAUCUAAGGAGCAUCAAAGAAAACGAGAAAGAAGGAAGACGAUCAGAAAGUGGAAGUUGGAGUUAUAUUUCCGCCCCAGCUUUCGGAGAAGGGAAUCCGGCAUUGAUGAUUGCGCCGGUAAGGGACGGAUUGAAACGGAGGAAACCCAAAAACAACAUCGUAAAGAGUAGCUCGUCGUUCGUCUCUCGAGUCAUCACGCAUGAGUCUUCGGCCAAGCGGUUGGCGGAUCGGAAUCCGGAUGGACUUUUUGCGUUCGCCAAUAUAAACAGAGCAUUCCAGUGGCUUGAUCUCAGCGCUUCGAAUAAAGAGGAGCCUAUUGCGAAAAUUCUGUUUACCAAAGCACAUAUGCUGUGUCACGAUGUUAACGAGUUGUCCAAGUCACCAUCACAUAUCGAUAUUGUCAUGGGAUCGUCUGCUGGUGACAUUAUCUGGUACGAACCUAUAUCUGCCAAAUAUGCUCGCAUCAACAAGAACGGUGCUGUCAACAAUUCUGCCGUUACGCAUAUCAAAUGGAUACCGGGAUCGGAGAAUCUGUUUCUCGCAGCACACGCCAAUGGUCAGCUAGUGGUUUAUGACAAGGAGAAAGAGGAUGCGCUUUUUACGCCGGAGGUUGAAGAUGGCGGUGCAUCGUCGAGUAAGGCAUUGCAGAUAUUGAAGUCAGUCAAUUCCAAGAAUCAAAAGACGAAUCCAGUUGCGGUGUGGAAAUUGUCGCAUCAACGCAUCAAUUCAUUUGCGUUCUCGCCAGAUAAGCAGCAUUUGGCGGUGGUCCUUGAAGACGGAACGUUGCGUGUUUUGGACUAUCUCAAAGAAGAAGUCACGGAUAUUUUCGCAAGCUACUAUGGCGGCAUGAUCUGCGUCUGCUGGUCUCCAGACGGCAAAUACAUGAGCGCAAAAUCAUCGCUCGAUGCCAAGGCCACAACUCUUGGGUAUCAGCCGUCGCAUUCGAUCCCUGGAGAUGCGAUGAGCGAAACUAUCGACUGGGCAGUGUCGGUGAUGAUUGCAGAUUACUUCUCUGGGAUUUCAAUGUCGGCAUGCUUCAUCGACCGAAGGCACUUCAAGCAAACGCCCGUCACCGCAACAGUAUCACAACCGGAGCCCACCCACUCAGCCGUCACCGAACAGACAGUCUCAGCAACCGCAAGAGAUCCGACUCUGAUAGAACGGAGAAACCACUUGAUGACGAGGUAG